GUGGUUCAAAUUUUCCAUCCGGCGGCAGGUCCUUGUCUACGUAUUAAAUUAUAUUGUUCAUAGAUUCUUAGUUCAUUUUAAAAACCAACGUUUACCUGGCAGUUGAAUUUAUCAGGUGUUUGUUAAGUCUUUCAAUAACGCCGGGUAAAGAUAACAUUUUGUGGAAGAACUCGGCUCUUCAGAAGGUUCUCUGAUUUUUGGUAUCUUUGCCGCAUUGGAUUAACAGUUUAAAUGGAUAAAAGAUAGUGCAUGGACUUUUCAGUUUCUUUCGUUUGGUUUUAUUGUAAAGUAGAAUCUGACCAAAGAGGUUUUUGCAUUGACUUAUAGUGCCAUAUGGGAAUGUACGUACAAGAAUGGCGGAAUACGAUUUGAAAAGAUACAAUAGUUAUACAUCUCCGGAAAUGAUUGAACCGGAAUAUAGAAGGAAAGAGUCCGGAUGUUUCGUUCGGGUGACUACGGGGUUUAUCCUUUUACUACUUGCUUUAAUUCUGGUGGCCGGUGUAGCGGCUAUCGUUUAUUUCGUACAGAAGGACAAUUUAAGCAACGAUAAUAACGAUGUUCCUGAAGUUAUUUCUCCGGAAAAACUCAAAACUGAUUGUGAAGCCCUUGCAGAGGCGGGAAAACUGGAUCAAAAUAAAGUCUGUGUUGCCUGCCCAACGAAGUCUCCGGCUACGUGCCCGCAAUGGACGCCUUCGAAAACGACGCCAUCAACGCUCACAUCAACAUCCCCAACACCAACUCCACCAACGAACUUCCGGUUACCAGAUACCUUAAUUCCCUUAGAAUACGAUCUAGCCAUCCAACCCAACAUGUUCUCCGGAAGUCCAGAUUCGUUUGAUUUUGAAGGCACUGUAAAAAUCAAAAUGAAGGUUCGAAAAGCAACUCAUGAAGUCAUCAUGCACGCUAAUAAUCUGACCAUAAGCAACGUUAAGUUUGGUGCCAUCUCAGAUUCCAAAUCUGUACUUUCAAAUCCGGAUUUUGAUCUCGAGCGACAGUUUGUGAUCUUUCGAUUAAACGAGGUUCUCGAUACAAGCAAAAUUUACGAGAUAGAAAUGAAUUUUCGCGGACCACUGAAAAAUGACAUGAAAGGAUUUUAUCUAAGUUCAUAUGAAGAUGGCGGGCAAACGAGGUACCUGGCAACAACCCAAUUUCAGCCAACUGAUGCUAGAAAAGCUUUUCCUUGCUUUGAUGAGCCGGGAUUGAAAGCCAACUUCACCAUAACAAUAACUCGACCUAUAGGCUGGACCUCUCUAUCAAAUUUAAAUAUACGUACACAGUCAAGUGUUGGCAGUACUAACUGGGUACAUGAUGUCUACCACACGACCCCCAAAAUGUCCACGUACCUCGUGGCUUUUGUUGUGUCUCAGUUCCAGUCCAAGAGUGGAACAUUUACAAAUGGCAAAACCUACAAUGCCUGGGCCCAGCCUUUGGCCAUUAAUCAGACUGAGGAAGCAUUGUAUGUUGGGACAAAUGUUAUCCAGGAGUAUGAAAAGUUCUUCAACAUCGAAUUUCCUCUUCCCAAACAAGAAAUGAUUGCUGUUCCGGACUACCCUCUUGGAGCCAUGGAGAACUGGGGCUUAAUCACCUACCGCGAGUCCUCCAUGCUGUUUGAUCCGGAGGUCUCCUCAGAAACUAACAAAGAAAGAGUCACAAAGACCAUCACCCACGAACUCUCUCAUCAGUGGUUUGGUAACCUGGUUACCAUGCAGUGGUGGGAUGACCUAUGGCUCAACGAAGGCUUUGCUACAUUCAUUGAAUACUUGGGAGCAGACUAUGUACGUCCUGAAUGGAAGAUCAUGGAGUUGUUCACAGUGUCAGAGAUGUUCCGGGCCUUUAACAAGGACGGUCUGACGACCUCUCACCCUAUCUACGUACCCGUGUCAAAUCCCGACCAGAUCAACGAAAUCUUCGACGAUAUCAGCUACCAGAAGGGUGGCUCUGUCAUCAGAAUGCUCCGAUUCUUCAUGGGUGAACAGACAUUCCUAAAAGGUCUCCAGGAUUAUUUGCAACAGAAGAAAUAUAGCAGUGCUUUCCAUGAUGACCUUUUUACUGCUUUAGAUUCGAGAGCUCGGAGGGAGGGUAAGACAUUACCCGCCACUAUUAAGGAGAUCAUGGACACCUGGAUCACACAGAUGAAUUAUCCUGUCGUCAAGGUCUUCAAGAGUUCAAAUGGACUCGUCCAUGUGGAACAGAAGCGUUUCCUUGUCAACGACCCCUCAACUGACCCCAGGCAGUUUGUUUCCAAGUUCAAUUACAUAUGGAAAAUUCCAUUCACCUACAAAACCAGCAGGGAUUCAAGUUUCAGUGUUACAGAUGCAGAUGUUAAGUGGAUCAUGGGGACAGGAAAUGACAUUCAGGGUAGCUCUUAUCCAACAGAGCAGGAUGCCUGGAUUCUGGGUAAUGUCCACCAGUACGGUUUUUACAGAGUUAACUAUGAGGAGGCUAACUGGAUGGCUCUGAUGAAACAACUUAAACAAGAACAUAAGAGAAUUCCUCUUCUGAAUCGAGCCCAGAUCAUCAAUGAUGUGUGGAACCUGUUAAAGGCGGGGGAGGUCACAGUGAAUGUGGCCCUACAGAGUCUGGAAUAUCUGGACUCCGAGGCUGAUUAUGUCCCCUGGAGGGCCGCCAUUAGUGAGCUAGCUUAUCUGUCAGACAUGCUCGGGGAUACAGAGGUGUUCGGGGAUUUCCAGACUUUUAUGAAACAGAAAUUAAACAAUCUCUUCAAGAAGCUAACACUGGAUGACUCCAACUCCACACACGUUGAAACGCUGCUGCGUACCAUGGUGGGGAGUGCUGCCUGUGGGUAUGGGGUGUCAUCCUGUAUGUCACAAGCCAACAAUCUGUAUCAGGCCUGGAUGGAGGACCCUCAGCAAAACAAGAUAGACCCAGACAUAAAGACCAUUGUCUACUGUACUGGUAUAAGGGAAGGGGGCCAGAAAGAAUGGGAAUUUGCCUACUCUCAGUACAAGACUACCACUGUAGCCUCAGAGAAAUUACUCCUCUUAUCAGCUCUAGCCUGCUCCUCAAAAACCUGGAUCCUCAAUCAUUAUCUGAAGCUAAGCAUGGAUCCACAGGAAAUUCGCAGCCAAGACGUGACCAGUGUCAUCAUUUAUGUAUCGAGGAAUUCGGUUGGACGAUAUCUUGCCUGGGAAUUUAUGCAAGAAAACUGGGAUAUUCUGAGGGAGAAAUUUGGAAGCAGCUUUUUCAAAUUUCCCACACUAAUCAAGGGAAUCACAGAGUCUUUUAACACAAAGCAUCAACUCAAACAGCUUGAAGACUUUGUGAGAACUCAUCCAGACCUUGGAACAGGUAAAAGAGCUUUCCAAGAGGCCAUAGAAAAUACAAAAGCCAAUAAGGCAUGGAUGGACAGAAACUACGACACCAUCAAAAAGUGGCUCGAACAGGUGACGUCCUCCUCAGGUGAAAAAGCACUCACGGAUGUCCGCUUGCCUCGAUCUAACAUCCCCACCCUGUACGAGAUCGAAUUGACUCCUGACAUCUACUCGGCGGAUCCCACGCAAUUUAAAUUCCGAGGCCGCGUCAAAAUCAGCAUCGACUGCUUGGAUCCCACUAGCAACAUCACCAUGCAUAAGAACAAGCUGACAAUUUCUAACAUUGCGGUAUCGAAUCAGAAUCCUAAUUUGGCUUCUCCGAGGUUCGUAAGACAGGCGGAGGACGAGGAUCGAUAUUUUCUGAUUAUUCACCUGGACGGAUCGCUGCAGAGGGGACAGAAGUACUUUGUGCAGAUGGAUUUUGUGGGAGAUCUGACUGAUGAUCUCAAAGGGCUCUACCUCAGUUCCUAUAAACGCGGAGAUGAUACUGUAUAUAUGGCGACUACACAAAUGGAACCCACAGAUGCGAGAAAGGCUUUCCCUUGCUUUGAUGAGCCGGAUAUGAAAGCGCAAUUCAAGCUGACUCUGCUGCGAAAACCAGAAAAAAUCUCCCUGUCUAAUAUGCCAAUUGUACAGAAAGAUACGAACAGACCUGAUGGUUACGUUGCAGAUAUUUAUCAGGUGUCGGAAAAAAUGUCCACGUAUCUCGUCUGUAUUAUCAUCUGCGACUUUGUUCCCAGAACAGGAAUAACCAAGAACAACAUUACCUAUUCAGCAUGGUCAACUAAGGAGGCCUACAACCAGACAGAGCUAGCCUUAGACGUGGGGAUGUCCACCAUCACGUACUAUGAGGAGUUCUUUGGCAUUACAUUCCCUCUCCCAAAACAAGACAUGAUAGCUAUCCCAGACUUCUCGGCUGGAGCUAUGGAGAACUGGGGCUUGAUUACGUACAGAGAGACAGCCAUGUUGUAUCAGCCAGGCGUGUCCUCAGAAAUAAAUAAACAGAGAGUGGUAACAGUUAUUACCCAUGAACUUGCUCACCAGUGGUUUGGAGACCUUGUUACUAUGUCUUGGUGGGAUGAUCUUUGGCUCAAUGAAGGGUUUGCAACCUUUGUGGAAUACCUUGGAGCUGAUCAAAAAUAUCCAGAAUGGAAAAUGUUUGAGCAGUUUACAGUAGCAGAGGUUCAGGCAGCUUUCAGUUUUGAUGGUCUGGUCUCUUCCCAUCCAAUCUAUGCCCCAGUUUAUAACCCUGCCCAGAUUAAUGAGAUAUUUGACACAAUCUCUUAUUCCAAGGGUGGCUCCAUCAUUAGGAUGAUGCAGUGGUUCCUUGGAGAUGAAACGUUCAAGAAGGGCCUGACGCUGUACCUUAAUAAUAAGAAGUUUGGGAAUGCUGCCCAUGAUGACCUGUGGAAUGCCAUGUCACAGCAAGCCCGACAGGAGGGAAGAACCACUGAUGUCAAGAAGAUCAUGGACACUUGGACUUUACAGAUGAAUUAUCCAGUAGUCAUGGUAACCAUUGCCAACAACAAGGUCAAAGUUCAGCAGAAGCGUUUCCUUCAAAACCCAACCGCCAAGGAUCCCCUCAAGUACAACUCUACAUUUGGAUACCUGUGGGAAGUUCCCUUUACCUACACAACAAAGUCCCAGGCCAAUUUCAACCAGAACUGGAGGAACGCUCAAUGGUUCAACACAGCGAUGCAUGAGUUUGCAGCACAGACUACUAUCAGUGGUAACGAUUGGAUUCUGGGUAAUGUUCAGCAGUAUGGCUACUAUAGGGUGAAUUACGACAGAGAAAACUGGAUGAGGCUCAUACAACAGCUCAAGACGGAUCAUCAGAGCAUUCAUGUAAUUAACAGAGGACAGUUAAUUAAUGAUGCCUGGGCACUUGCAAAAUCUGGAGAUACAGAUAUGGACAUCGCUCUGAAGAUGGUGGAGUACCUGGGGUCUGAGACGGAUUAUGUCCCCUGGUACGCGGCGCGAAAAGAGUUGUCUUAUGUACAGAAGAUGCUAGCCAGGAGUAAUCUGUAUGGAAAAUUCAAGAACUUCAUGAAGAAACUUAUAAAAUCUCCAUAUGAUAAACUUGGAAUGGACAACUCAGGAUCUGGGCACCUGGAAAUAUACACAAGGUCACUAUUGGUGAAGGAGGCAUGUUCGUAUGGUAUAGAGAGCUGUAAUUCAGGAUCUCUGAGGAUGUACCAACAAUGGAUGGAGGAACCCAUUAACAAGAGAGUGGACCCAGAUCUGAAGUCGACCGUUUACUGCACGGCGAUUGAGGAGGGGGGAGAGGCGGAGUGGAACUUUGCCUACCAGCAGUAUAAAGACACUAAUGUAGCGGCCGAGAGGCGGACUCUAAUGGGGGCACUGGCUUGUACAAAACAGACCUGGAUACUCAGCAAAUAUUUGAGUUUGUCGCUAAAUUCCUCAGAAGUUCGCAGACAAGAUGGAACUUAUGUUAUCAUUUAUGUGUCGCGCAAUACCAUUGGUCGAGACCUGGCCUGGAACUUUGUCAAAUCUAAUUUUGAUCAGCUGCUGAGAAUGUAUGGAGAAUCCUCUUUUGCUCUGAAGAAUCUUCUAAAUGGAGUUCUAGAUACAUUUAACACUGAACAAGACCUGCAGCAACUGAGAGAUUUUAAGCUGAAGUACCCAGAUAUGGGCUCUGGGACUCGAGCCUUUGAUCAGAUCAUGGAGAAAACCACAGCUAACAUUGAUUGGAUGUCUAAAUAUUACCACAUCAUAGAGAAAUGGCUGGACGAAUCAGCUGUGUCAGGGGACACAACUCUUAAUGAUGUCAGGCUACCGCGCUCAGUCCUACCAGAGUUAUAUACCUUGGAGCUCUUCCCAGAUAUAUACCAGCCCAGUCCCGAGAACUUCACCUUCAGUGGCAAAGUCGAUAUUGACGUCCGUGUCGUUGAAAAUACCAAUAAUGUCACGUUGCAUAUCAACAAACUGACGAUAGCUGAGGGCAGUGUGAAAGUAACUAACAACGUCAGUGGUGCCGCCGUCACGGUCAGUGGGCUGAAGGAGGAUAAACAGCGCCAGUUCCUCAUCAUACUUCUGGGGCAGAGUCUACAGAAGGGGAUUAACUAUACAGUCUCCAUGAGCUUCCAGGGGCCCCUGAAGGAUGACUUAGUGGGGUUGUACUACAGCACCUACAAAAGAGGGGGCAGUGAUGUAUACAUGGCCACGACUCAGAUGGAACCUGUGGAUGCCAGAAAAUCCUUCCCAUGUUUCGACGAACCUGACAUGAAGGCCAAGUUCAAGGUCACCCUCGUUAGAAAGCCUGAGAAGAUUUCACUGUCCAACAUGAGGAAUAUAAGAACAGAGAAUAGAGCCAAUGGAUUGUUAGCCGAUGUUUAUGAAGAAUCUGUUCCAAUGUCUACCUAUCUAGCCUGUUUUAUUGUCUGUGACUUUAAAAACAUUUCCAAGGAAACUCCUAAUGGCAUUUUGUAUGGUGCCUGGUCACGACCUGAAGCUAUUCAUCAAGCGGAGUUUGCUUUAGAUGUAGGAGUGGAUACCAUUACUUUCUAUGAAGAAUACUUUAACAUUCCCUUCCCACUCAAAAAACAAGACAUGAUUGCUAUUCCUGACUUUGCCGCUGGUGCUAUGGAGAACUGGGGCUUGAUUACGUACAGAGAGACGGCCAUGUUGUAUGAUCCGGUGAUGUCCUCUGAGAGUAACAAACAAAGGGUCACCGUGGUUAUCACCCACGAACUGGGACACCAGUGGUUUGGAGAUCUAGUAACUAUGGGCUGGUGGGACGAUCUUUGGCUCAAUGAAGGGUUCGCAACCUUUGUGGAAUACCUAGGAGCUGAUCACAAAUUCCCAGAAUGGAAAAUGUUUGACCAGUUUGUGACAGAAGACCUCCAGGUGGCCUUUGAUUACGACGGUCUGGUGACGUCACACCCGAUCUACGUACCUGUCGCCAAUCCCGAGCAAAUUAACGAAAUAUUCGACAAAAUCUCCUACUCUAAGGGUGGCAGUAUAAUUAGAAUGAUGAGGUUUUUCUUAGGAGAGAAGAUAUUCAGAGCAGGUUUAACGGAUUAUCUAAAUAGCAGGAAAUAUGGCAACUCUUUCCAUGAUGAUCUUUGGAACUCCAUGACAAAGCUGGCAAAUCAGAAUGGUCACCAGCUGGAUGUGAAGACUGUUAUGGACACCUGGACACUACAGAUGAACUACCCUGUGGUCAAGGUGACCAGACAGGACAGUGGCCGCCUCCGCGUAACUCAGAAACGCUUCCUGGCCAACCCCAUGGCCAAAGAUCCCAUGAAAUACAAUUCUACAUUUGGAUACAAAUGGAUGAUACCCUUCACAUACACGACAGAGGCUACUAAGAAGUUCAACCAAUCUUAUAGUGACUUAGUAUGGGUCAAUGAUGCUACCAAAGAUAUUUCAACAAACAUCCCAGCAGCAGAUUGGAUUCUGGGUAAUGUACAGGCGAUUGGCUAUUACAGGAUGAACUAUGACCUCGACAAUUGGAAUAAAUUGAUUGGUCAGCUGAAGGCAGAUCAUGAGGUUAUUUAUUCAACAAACAGAGCACAACUGAUAAAUGAUGCUUGGGCCCUGGCAAAGGCUGGAGAACUGCCAAUGGAGACAGCCCUACAGACUAUCGAGUACCUGGGGGCUGAGAUGGAUUAUGUCCCCUGGACUGCCGCUGAGAAGGAACUGUCGUACGUCCGUAAAAUGUUGGUCCGCACCCCUCUGUAUGGGGAGUACAAGAAUUUCAUGGCAUCUCUAUUAAAGAAACCAUUCGGAAAACUUGGAUUGGACAACUCUAAUUCAAACCAUUUAGAAAUCUAUACGCGAUCGGAUGUGGCUGACCUUGCCUGUACUUAUGAUGUCCCUGGCUGUAGAACUCAGGUGAAGGCAAUCUUUGACAAGUGGAUGUCUAAUCCAACAGUUAACCUUGUGGAUCCGAAUCUGAAGACGAUGGUGUACUGUACAGGGGUCGCCGAGGGUGGAGAGAGUGAGUGGGAUUUUGUCCUUCAGCAAUACAAGGACUCUACACUGGCCUCAGAGAGCAGUAGAUUUCUGUACGCCAUGUCCUGCUCAAAACAAACAUGGCUGCUGAGCAGGUACCUUGAGUAUGCUCUGGACACUAAUGUGGUUCGCAAGCAGGACGCUACCACUGUCAUAACUUACAUCUCACGGAACACGAUCGGCAAAGACCUGGUGUGGAACUUCGUGAGACAGAACUGGGACCAACUCAGGAAAGACUAUGGUGGGGGAUCAUUCUCCUUUGCUCGUCUUAUAUCUGGAGUCACAGAGUCAUUCAAUACUGAAUUAGAACUGCAACAGCUGAGGGACUUCAUAACGGGUAGAGAUCUGGGAUCAGCCACCAGGGCCGGGGAGCAGGCCAUCGAGAAAGUCCAGGCCAAUGUACAGUGGAUGAAGAAGAAUCUCCCCAUCAUACAGAAAUGGCUGGACCGGACAGCACCCACAAAGCAGGUCAACAGAAACGUCCGCCUCCCUCGCUCCGUACUACCGGAACUAUACACCCUAGAACUCUUCCCAGACCUCUACCAGCCCGACCCCAAAAAUUUCACCUUCUCCGGAAAUCUGACGCUCCUUGUGAACGUCACGGAAAGAACCAAGAAUAUCACGUUACACAGUAACAUGAUUACAAUCGAGGAGAGCUCCAUUGAAGUGAGGGCACUGGGAGGGGGAGGUAACUUGUUCAGCUCGUUGUCUCGCAAGGAAGAGCUCAUGUUCUCGAUCUUUAACUUGAACACCGAGCUGGUACCAGGACAGCAGUAUGAGCUGAGCUUAAAGUUUUCUGGUCCCCUUAAGGAUGACUUGGCUGGUCUCUAUUAUAGCACCUACACCAGCAACAAUCAAACCAAGUUUUUGGCCACUACUCAGAUGGAACCUGUGGAUGCCAGAAAAUCCUUCCCUUGCUUUGACGAACCUGACAUGAAGGCCAAGUUUAAUGUCACCCUGGUGAGACGAAAGGAUUUCAAAUCCUUGUCCAACAUGGAGAUCCUGGAAUAUAAGGAAAAGGGAAAUAACUUUGUGGCAGAUGUAUAUGACACAACUCCUCGAAUGUCCACGUACCUAUUAGCUUUUAUUGUUUGUCAGUUUGAGAAGACCACUACCACCACCAAAAAUGGAAUAAUUUACAGUGCCUGGUCUCUGCCUGAGGCCGUCAAUGAUACAAAGUUUGGUCUGGAUGUCGGAAACAAAACCAUCACUUAUUAUGAAGAGUAUUUCGACAUCCCUUUCCCACUGAAAAAACAAGACAUGAUCGCUAUUCCUGACUUUGCUGCUGGAGCUAUGGAGAACUGGGGCUUGAUUACGUACAGAGAAACGGCCAUGUUGUUUAAACCAGGAGUCUCCUCAGAAGGAAAUAGACAGAGAGUCACCACUGUAAUUACUCAUGAACUGGCUCAUCAGUGGUUUGGUAACCUGGUCACUAUGAAGUGGUGGGAUGACCUUUGGCUCAAUGAAGGGUUCGCGACCUUUGUCGAAUAUAUGGGAGCAGAUCAUCUCUUCCCAGAUUGGAAAAUGUGGGAUCAGUUUAUUCUAAGUGAGCUGUAUUCUACAUUCAGCAUUGAUGCCUUUGUUACAUCUCAUCCAAUAUAUGUGCCUAUAAAAACAGUUGAUGAAAUGAAUGCUGUAUUUGAUACAAUAUCAUACUCCAAGGGAGGAAGUAUCAUCAGAAUGAUGAGAUUUUUCUUGGGGGAGGAGAACUUCAGAAAAGGCCUCAAUCUAUAUUUAGAGAGUAGGAAGUAUGGGAACGCCUUCCAUGAUGACCUCUGGGAUGCCAUGGAUACAAUUGUUCAGCAGAAAAAUUUACAGUAUCCAACAUCAAUUCGAGCAAUAAUGCACACCUGGAUCAAACAAAUGAAUUACCCUGUUGUCACGGUAACAGUACCACGAAAUGGAGUUGUCAUGGCAACACAGAAUCGGUUCCUAAGAAACCCUGAUGCCAAAGAUCCACUUGUUUACAUUUCUCCAUUUGGCUAUAAAUGGUGGGUGCCAUUGACCUACACGACAAAGACGGAGAAGAAUUUUAAAAAGAACAGCAAUGAUGUGAAAUGGUUCAAUACAACAAGUCAAGAAUUCGCUGACCCCUCUGUGAAGACUUCUGAUUGGAUAAUAGCUAAUACAGACCAAUAUGGCGUCUACAGGGUCAAUUAUACCGAGGCAAACUGGAGAGCUCUGAUAGCUCAACUCAAUCAAAAUCAUACUGUCAUAUCCACUAUCAAUCGUGCUCAGAUAAUUAAUGAUGCCUGGAGCUUUGCAAGAUCUAACCAGUUAGAUAUGAGUGUGGCUUUAGAGACAGUAGACUAUCUAUCUAAAGAGAGGGACUAUAUUCCCCGUCAGGCGGGGGAGGGACAGCUGUCCUACAUAGACACCAUGCUGUCUCUGACCAAGUACUACGGAGAUUUCAGUAAAAAGAUGCAGAAUCUAGUGAGAGACAUUUACAAUGAGAUUGGUUUGAACAAUACAGGAGCCACACAUUUAGAAUCGUAUAUGAGAUCCAAUGUUGCCAUCACAGCCUGCUCCUAUGACAUCCCUGAGUGUCUGGCUGCAGCUGUGAAACAGUUCAAACAGUGGAUGGACCAGCCCAGUAAUAAUCAAAUUGACCCUGGACUGAAAUACACUGUCUACUGUACAGCCAUUAAAGAGGGUGGACAGAAGGAGUGGGAUUUUGCCUACAAUCAAUACAAAACCUCCCAAGUAGCCUCAGAAAGAGCCAAGAUCCUAGCUGCCCUGUCUUGUACCAAGGUUCCCUGGCUUCUUCAGAGAUUUUUGGAGUAUGCUGUAACUGACGGUGAGGUCAGGAAACAGGACGGUACGAAUGUCAUCUCGUCAGUAGGCAGUACGAUGAUUGGUCGACCCAUAGCCUGGAACUUUAUCAGAUCCCGCUGGGAUUAUAUCAUGAAUGAAUACAGUGAAGGGCAGUGGAAUGCGGGACGCUUUAUUAAGAGUAUUUCUGGAGCAUUUAACACGGAGUACCAGCUACAACAGCUGAUUGAUUUUGGCAAGGCACACCCUGAUCUGGGUCGUUCUGCCCGCGCCUAUGACCAAGCUGUAGAGGCUGUUCAAUCAAACGUUCAGUGGAUGAAGAAAAAUAUGAACAUUGUCAUUAAAUGGCUUGAGAAAAAAUAGAAAAUGACUUUGCUAAAUAAGUUGUUUUAUUUUAAAAGACUUACAUUACCAUCAUUUAUAUAUAUAUUUUAGCAUUAUUUUGUGUGAGUCCAAUAAUCAGAUUUUUAAAGGAGAGAAGCAUAAGCUUAUGUUAAUACCUCGUAGUUUUUUUGGUAUAUUUUAAAAUUCUGUUUAGAAAGAAUUUCAUGUGUGACUGUAGAAAUGAAAUGCAUGUCUAUGUUUUCUGAAAGUAAGGAUGAUGUUCAUUCAUUCGAUAUUAGUUGCUUAUGUUAUGCUUAAUAUUUCAAACUGUGUAUAUACUGGUUAUAAAUGUACAAUAAAUUGUUAUACAUGUA